UAAACCUAAAAAAAUAAUGCCUUACUUAUUAGAAUGAUUUUUUGCCACCUAACCCCACUUUUUUGACAGCUGUCACCCCUCGUGUUUUGUUUUUUUUUGGGGGCUUUAGCCUGAUAAUGGGUGAUUCCGUGGCCGAAUUGUUGCAGUUUGUGCAUCUGGGGGCCCGUUUGGACCUCAAAUCGGUGGCUUUGGGGCACAUUUUGGGUUUGACGGGGAAUGCGGACGGAAUUGCCACAUUAAUCAACACACCGUCACUUCUGGUCUCCUUAAUCACACUUUUGAGUGAUAAUAACGCCACAAUUGUCAAAGACUCGGCACUUUGCCUUGUUAAUGUCUCUGCUGAUCACAAGGGGGCCCUGGCAUUGCUUGAUUUGGACACGAGUGUGGGGUGCCCCCCUUUACAGAGCCCCCCGAGUGACAUUACUUCGACUGUUGUUAAAUUCGUGACGGACCCCAUGAGUAAAAUCGCCGAUUUUUCCUGCAUGAUUUUAUCGAACUUAUCUCGGGCCAAUCACGAUAAAGUGAUUGAUGCGCUUGAGAAAAGCGCAAGUUUGGACGAUUUGAUUGACAUUUUCACGAAAAAACAGUACAAUAAAGCGGGGGCUAACCUCCACUACUUGAGCCCCCUUUUUUCGAACUUGUCGCAAAGUGGGCGCGUCCGGAGACGCUUCCUGGACCGGAUCCACAAACUCGUGCCUUUCAUUGAAUUCGAGGAGUCGGCCGUGAGGCGCGGGGGCGUCGUGGGGGCCCUGCGUAACUGCACAUUUGACCCCGAGUGUCAUGAGCUGCUCUUGGGCCCCCAUGUCGAUAUCUUGCCCCGGCUGCUCCGCCCCCUGGCCGGAAACGAGGAAUUUGACGACGAAGACAACGACAAGCUCCCCCUUGAACUGCAAUAUCUCCCGGAGGAGAAACAGCGUGAAGAAGAUCCAGAUAUCAGGUGCAUGUUACUGGAGGCUUUGACCCAGUUAUGUGCCAAGAGAAAAAAUCGAGAAUUUAUCAGAGAGAGAAACACUUAUGUGAUUUUGCGCGAGUUGCACAAGUGGGAAAAGGACAGAAAGGUGCUUUUAGCGUGUGAAAAUUUGGUCGAUAUUUUGAUACGCACCGAGGAGGAAAUUGGAGAAGAUGAUUUGAAGACACUUAAAGUGCCCCAAAGUUUAAGCGAAGACUUCAAUAAAGCGGAUGAGCAGUUUUUAAAAGAUGAAUAAAUUUUUUUACAAUUAAA